GAUGCCUGUUCCUUAACCCAAGAAUUGGAACUUUUGAUCCAGUCUAUUUUGAUACCCGAUGAGUGGGUCCCAAUGGUGUAUGCUCGGCUGUCGGAACUCACCGCCCAAGAGAUACCAGUAAGUAUUUUGUUCCAUCUUAGCUCUUCGCUGAUCUUUUCCUAUUGUUGUUUAAGUUUCCACGUUACCGAAGCGAGUGUACAUCAAUCUUUACUUAACGUUUUACUCCACUGAUUGAAACGAACCAGGAUAAUGGGAGCUAUCAAGCCAACGAAUUUUAUCAGCGCGAGAAUGUCGUAAGUAUAUUUUGCCUGAAGUUUAUGUCAUUUUAAGUUUAAAUAGGAAAUCGAUCUUUAGUCUUUCUUUUUACUAUAGAUGCCAGGGGAUGUUAACGCGGGUGUUGAAGUCAACGAGUUACUGAGCGAUUCGGUAAGUUUUGAAAAACGACCUUGAGUAGUUUUCUGUAACCGAGUUUUCACGCAUCAUUUAUGUUCGUUAUGUUAAUAGACUCGACUUGGGUUAGAUUUGCAUCUGACCUAUUAAACCGCUCGCGUAUCUUUUGUUAUCUUCGUUAAUGAAACAAAAGGACUCCAAACUCUAUUUGCUUCAACGUUUUGUAGACAGUUGUCAUAUAAUACUCAUCGAAUAUGUUUCUUUGCUUUACAGUUUAUGGCUGAAGAAAUACAGGCCGUAAAUGAGAUGGAAAGUAUGGCGCUAGGCAAGGUAACUCCAUUUCCUUUUUAAUAUGCAACGUAAAUGAUUUGUUUAGUGAUGAAACAACAAUACGAAUCUGCUUGCUUACCCGUUCAAUGCCCACCUAUUUUUUAAAACGAGCGAGAUUUCGAAACCUAAAGUAAUCUGAUUUCUUCUCUUCUUAUCUAGAAUAACAACGAGUCGGCACCGUUAGCAACGCAAGAUACAUGGGAUAAUUUCUUGGACGAAGUAAGUAUUCAAGAUCAUAAAAUUAUAUUGCUUUCAUUGAACGCAGUGUUCUUUGUGCGCUAAAUCUUACGUUGAUAUCUUUUAUUCACUUGCAGUGGAAUGGCGAAGACAGUGAAUUACCGACUUGGGAUCCUUUACAAACCGUAAGUCACCUUUCAUUUUCACUUGUUUAGAAUACACUAUGUAGAAGUGCAAACCUUACAGUUUAAGUUUUUGAAACGUAUACCUUUUGAAAACUAAAUUGUUUAGGCUCACCAAAAAAGACAAUGUUAUUCAUUCCAACAUUUAUAAGAGUCAGAAGAAAAUAAAAGUUACAGUUGGCUUGCUAUUUAUGAUUUCAAGGCGUAAAUAGUUUAUUCUUGAUCGAUUCCGCUUUUCACUGAUCAGAUAAGUGAAUUCGUUUUUUGCGGAUGAUUGCACCCACAUAAUGAAAUCUGUUCCAUUCUUUUCUCCUGUUCAAAAUCAAAACAAAGCAUUUGCUCAAUGUUUUAAUAUUUAGUCAUCAAACCAAAUUGAAAAAAAUAGACCGCGUAUUAUAUACUAAAACAAGUAUCACAGCAACUUAAGUUUCUUCCACUAAGCAGUAAAAUAUAGCAAUAUAGCAGUUAUUAGUACCCACCCGCUGAUCUCUGCAAGUCAAUUAUAUCGUGGAUUAGAUUAAAUUAAAUUUAUUCUGUUGUUCAACAUCAAAACAAACCAUCUACCCAGUUGCUGAGACGGUCAUUGUAGACAAAUAGAGUUUAUCAGAGUUUCUUGUUAGUUAAGGUUUAUACUUAGACUAGGUAAUAACUAACUGUAGGAAAUUCAAUCCGGGGAAGGUGAACCCGCAGCCAAAAAGCCUCGCAAGGAACAUCGCUGCGACACCUGUGGUAAAACUUUCACUCGGCCAAACCACCUAGAGAGUCAUCAACGCAUCCAUAUUGGGGAGAAGCCGCAUCAAUGCCCGCGCUGCGACAAGAGUUUUCAAGCGAAGUCGAAUCUAAACAAGCAUUUGAAAACGCACUACAAGCGAGCUGCCGAACGCACUUUCACCUGUAAUACUUGUGGCGAAACAUUCCACAACUGCGCACCUUACAACGCUCAUAUUCACGCCGCUGAUCAAAAACCCGCCGCUGCAACUAGAAAACGCACUGCUCAAAAAACUACAGAUGCUCCGUCCGCGAAAAGACCUAAGAGGUCGGAUCAAGAAAGUACGAGUACCGCUUCAGAACCAACUUCCACAGCAAGUGCUGAAAACGCCGCUGCUAGCUGGCAACCUGAUCCUAUUCUCAUUCCAGCCAACCUUGUUCCCAGUGGCGAAGAAAACAUUGUCCAAAUGUACAGACAACACUGGCCACAAAUUCGUACCUGGUUUAGUCGCCACAACAGACUUGAUUGGUAUAAUUUUCGCUUGUCGACGAUCAACCCAGCCAGCCUCCGAGAACAGCUGAACCGCAUUUUUGCUGACCAACCAGCAGUUUUCAAAGUCAACUUCGCCUUUGGAUUUAUUCUCCGUCAUACAGAGACUGGGGCACUCCAGUAUUAUCAUCCAUCCGCUAACAACAACCUGGUGUUGGAACAACGUUUCCUCGUUCCUAAUCAAGCUGAUUUAGACCGCUUGUAUGAACAAGUAAACAACAUCGAUUUCUUAGAGUGGAUACGCCAGCAGUGGCCUAACUCUAAAUGGGUCGUGGAUCUCGUGACGAAUGUUACGUGGUUUGCUUGGAAGAUUCGAGACCACCCAAUCGACCGUGGCAAAUAUCUGCCAGGUUAUAUCGUGGACAACCCGGGAAUCACUCCACUCGAUCGAAACAUUCGAAGAGGCAAACCGUACGAAGAUAACCUCUGUUUCUUCCGC